CUGUACUCUAAUUUCGAGUUUUUUCACUUUUUUUUACAAAAUCAAACGUGGAUUUUUUCAGGAGAAAGCUGUAUCAGUACGGCACCACGGGCCUUUUCACCUGGAGCAUCCGUGCAGCAGUUCAACGCAAUCCCAGCUCCACAAGGAGCAGCUGUCCCUCCACCACAAGGUGUUGCUCUUGUUGCUGGACCACAACAAGCUGCUGGCGCUGAUUCAGCUGCUGGUGGCAUCGUGAGACCUGCACUUUCAGCUGCCGGACGAGGCCCUACCGAGGCGAUUCCUCAACAGCAGCUGAUUGAAAGUAAGUUCUACCUUUACUUGCCUGUGAUACAGCAAUUCUUAUUUCUUGAAAAUCUGGUUGGAACUGAAUUCGCAAAGAUGUCCGAUCAGAGGAGCAUUAAGUGACU